AUGGGAGGCAUCCAGAUUAUGCCAAACUUCACUGAUAUUGAAUGGGACGAGGAUGACCAACAGACUUCUAGCACAACGUCGGAAGAGCAGCAACCUGAAUAUAGAUUGACAGCUGACGGCGUGUAUCAACUCUUGUGUAUGGGACACUGGUUACCCAUUACCGUUGAAUCGAUCCCUGACAAAAGCAAGGCAAAUGUUUCCCAGAAAGCUUUGGUCCUGGUUCAAGUUGGCUGGUUUGGUUUGCAAUGCAUCGUGAGAAAGGCAUAUGGCCUACCACUAUCCUUGCUCGAGGUACAUACAGUAGUCCAUGUCGUGACUGCAGCAACCAUGUAUGGUUUCUGGUGGAUGAAACCACUGGACAUUGGAGAGCCUGAAGUCUUGGACGACACGACUCGCGGUGCCCUGGAAUUCAACACGCACAUCUGGCUGCUCUCUCCCAGUAUGCGAUCUCGACUUGAUUCCGUAUUCAUCAAUAAUGAAGGCGGGCCCAUCAGCGAGGACAAGCGGAAUGCCCCUGGAAUCAAGAUACUCAACUGGUCCGCAAGCCCAACAUUGCCCAACGGCUCGAAUAAUUCACAUAACUUCAACAUGACGUUUGAAGCGGCAAAAGUGAUGACUAAAUUGGACAGACACCAUCUCAACUACAUUGUGGACUACAUAACCCAGCACCACACGGAAUGGAUUGGAUCACAACAUCAAAACCAAUCUAUCAAAACAAUAAUCAAGGAACUACGCGGGGACAACUUCAAUAGCGCACCAUUGAAUUUGGGUUCUCAUAACAACCUCAUGGCGACGGAAGAGGACUCCAAUGGGAAACUCCAGCGACGAAAAAAAGAAUCUCGCGUCGUGGACUACUUGAAUAGACUUAUAAUUUUGUUAUCCACAUUCGGCGGCAAUGAGGGAAGGCCAUUUCAAAAUUACAACUUGCUCCUCACAGUCUUGUUGCCGGCAAUCUACGGAGGCGUUCACCUGGCGGUUUGGAGAGCGGCAUAUCCAACCGUGGUGGAACACAUAAUGUGGAGAACUGCAUGCAUUGUCAUCAUGACUGGCCUACCAGUCUUGCUGGUGUUGUGCGCUGUCUUUUACCUGGUGAUGGUGAUUCCUUCUAUACUCGAAAGGAGGCAGCCAGACGAAAGAAGACAUGGAUUGGACAUUUACUUCCCGAUGGCAAUUGUCGUUGUCUGCAUCGCGGCGGCAGCGAUGCUCCUGCUCAUCUCAGCGAGAUGUUUCGUCAUUGUCGAGUCCUUUAUAAGCCUCCGCAGUGCACCUAUUGGUGUCUAUUGGACGCCGGCCUGGAUCCAGAUGCUGCCCCAUGUUUGA